AUGGCUUCAGCUUCUGUUUCAAUGUCUUUACCACUACCUCAAGCCACACACAAAAACCUCACCACACCCUUCUUGAAAGCCUUACCCUUUCCACAAGCAAAGAAGACACUAGUCAACAAUUCAACUUCAAAAUCCAAUCUUGUUGGAGUUCAAGCGUCAUUGAAAGACCAAACAGUCAAGGGUCUAACAGCUUUUGCUUUGACAGCUUCUAUGGUCAUUCCAGAUGUUGCUCAUGCAGCUGGAAAUGACUUUUCACCUUCUCUUAAAAACUUUUUACUUAGUAUUGCUGCUGGUGGAAUUGUUCUUACAGCUAUAUUAGGUGCUGUUAUUGGUGUUUCCAACUUUGAUCCUGUUAAGAGAACUUAA